AUGGAGGGUGAGAAUGAGUCAAGCAGCAAUUCUAAUAAUUUGAACGAAUCCGAUCCUCAACUUUCUCUCGCCAUUCUUCAGCAAGAUGAAGAUCUUCAUCAUCAUCAACAAGAUCAUGAUAACAACAGUCCUCCAUCAUCAACAAGCUCAAGCUCAAGCCAUAACAACCCUUCUUUUUACCCUUACACUCCUCCUCCUCUACUCGUUCUUGAUACUCCUAAUCAACAACAACAACAACAACAACAACAACCACGUUCAUCUACACCAACCUUAUUGAACUUCAUUGACCCAAAUUUAAACCAUCAAGAUGAACCAAAAUGGGUCGAAAAGGUAGUCGAAUACCCGCAACCACUUUACCCUCAUGCCAAACCGGAACCAGCCAAGAUUCAUUCCUUGAACUACUUGUUACAAAAUCACAUUCUCAUCGUUUCCAAAGAUUUCAAAUGCGGGAAUUCUGAAUGCAAUCAAAUGUAUAAAGUGACGUAUGAUAUCCAGACUAAGUUUCAAGAACUUGUUGAGUUUAUUCGAACAGAGAAAGAUAAGUCUUUAAACGGCGGCGUUGCUCCUGAGAAGUGGUUGACUCCGACGACGACGCUACCGGAGUGCAGCAAUUGCAGGCGUAAGUGUGACGUCGACAGCCUUCUUGGGUCAGAUGAUAGGGUUAGUGAAAGUGCAUAUCAUAAGAUUGACUGGUUGUUUUUGCUGCUUGGACGAUUGCUUGGAGUUUGUGAAUGGAAUCAACUCAAUUAUUUCUGCAUCAAUAACAAUAUCGAUCGUUCUGUUAAUGGUAUGGUUGCUUCUACAAGCCAGCUUCUUUAUCGUGUUUACUUCGACUUAUGUAGACAACUUCAACCUCAUCAACACCUCUUCAUAACAGAUUAA